CCCAGCUCCGACAUGAGGCCGGGCUGAGCUAUGUGCGAGCAGGCGACGCGCUACUGCCGGGCCGGCGUGCAGAAGCUGCUGCGCAAGCCGCCGCCGGCGCUCCGCGGGGUGGACGGGCUGCUCCGCUGGUUGGUGGCCAGGAUGGGCGACAAGGGCGUUACCGAGCGAGAGCUGCUCACCCCGGGGGCCGCCGCGCAGAGGAAGGGCACCUCCGUCAUCCUCGAUAUUUUCAGAAGAGCUGACAAAAAUGAUGAUGGGAAGUUGUCCCUGGAGGAGUUCCAGGCAUUUUUUUCUGAUGGGACACUCAAUGAAGAAGAACUCGAGAAGCUCUUUCAUUACCAUUGACUCAGACAACACUAAACUAUUUUGCGGACCACAUGGGAGACUACGAAGACGUCUU